AAAAACUGCAAAGCAAAUUCUUAUUCAUAGAAAUAUGUAAGAUAUAUUGUGGCUACCAUUAUCGAAUUAAAAUCAUUAUGUAUAAUAAAUUUAGAGAGGCUUACAAGCUAUCAAAAAAUAUUUUGGCAUGCAAAAAUGAAACUAGAAUCAAGAUCAGAUAAAAACAGUUUUAUAGUUAUGAAAUUCUGAUGUUGAGAAAAUGAUUUCAUUAUAUCCGCAUAUGAAAUCUCAGAAAUUAUGGAUAAGAAAAUUUUCACACUACUAUCGAGACCUUUAAUAGUAUUCUAACAUUCUAAUCUUUCAUCGCCUUGAAUCUUGAAACUUUUGAUAUUCAUAUUUUAAAUGUAAAAUUUUUACAAUAUCAAUUUUUAGAAUUGAAUAGUGAUAACAUUUCAAAUAAUCUUGAUAAUUGAUUCUCACUCAUGUAUUAGGACCCUGCACUAAAAUUGAUCAUUUAAUUCCAAAUUUUUCCGAAUGAUAACUAUCAUAGAAAAAAUUCAAAUAGUCGCUUGAAUAGAGAAAGAUUUUUUUUCCAAUACGGAUCACAUCCUGUUGAAAACACUACUCUUAUCUUAAGUAUUUCAUAUUAAUUGAAAUUUUACGUUUGUCUUUUAGAAUCACGAGUGAAAGAGAAAUUAUUCUUUAUUUCUGAAUCAUAUAAAAUUCUUUGUUCACCACAAAGAACAUUACUUGAUCAGAAUUAUCUUAAAUCAUUACCACAUCAUUUAUUUGGUUCUUGGGAAAUGGAAAAAAGAAAACGACCAUAUUUUUCUAUUGUUAUGCAACGAUUAUUAGAAAGUGUACCUAAUCGUUUUUAUGUAAAAAGUGCUUUUCUUUUGAAACAUUUCAAAAGUCCUGAUAUUAUUAUUUGUCUAAAUACUAAACAACAACCACAAAGUAUUCCAAAUGGAAUGGUAAAACGUAUUGGUUUGUUUGAUGAGACCGAAAAUAAAUGUUCAUUGUAA